AUGGCGUACAAGAACCCUGUCUCCGAGCCCAUCGCUAUUGUUGGGGCGAGCUGCCGCUUUGCCGGCGGUGCCACUACGCCGUCACACCUGUGGGAGCUCCUCGUCAACCCGACCGACCUAACCCGCGAGAUUCCCGCCGAGCGGUUCAACAUCAAGGCAUUUUACCACCCUGACGGGGAGUAUCACGGCACGACCAACGCUCCCAAGGCCUACUUCAUCGACCAAGAUCACCGCGUGUUCGACGCCAGCUUCUUCAACAUCACCCCCAAGGAAGCCGAAGCCAUCGACCCUCAGCAGCGCAUGCUGCUGGAGGUUGUUUAUGAAGCCCUGGAGUCUGCUGGCUAUACCCUCCACCAGUAUGCCGGCGAGAAGGUCGCUGUGUUUGCUGGUCUGAUGACCGGCGACUACGACACUCUCUCGCAGCGCGAUGAACUCGACACCAGCCAGUAUUAUGCCACCGGCAAUGCGCGCUCCAUCCUCGCGAACCGCAUCUCAUACUUCUUCAACUUCCACGGUCCGUCAAUGACCAUUGAUACCGCUUGCUCUUCCAGCCUGGUGGCUCUCCACCAAGCCGUUCUCAGCCUGCGGUCUGGAGAGUGCAAGAUGGCUUGCGUUGCCGGCGCGAAUCUCAUCCUCACUCCUGAGCAAUUUGUCGUCGAGUCAAGCCUGCACAUGCUCAGCCCCAGCGGCCACUGUCGCAUGUGGGACGCUGACGCUGACGGAUACGCCCGCGGCGAAGGCGUCGCCGCCAUGUUCAUCAAGCCCCUGAGCCAAGCUCUUGCCGACGGCGACCGCAUUGAGGCCAUCAUUCGCGAGACUGGCGUCAAUUCCGAUGGCCGCACCCGCGGAAUCACCAUGCCGAAUUGGGAAGCUCAGUCGCGCCUCAUCCAAGACACUUACAAGCGGUCGGGCCUGGAUUCCCGCAACCCCGAGGACCGCUGCCAGUACUUCGAGGCUCACGGAACCGGCACUGGCGCCGGCGACCCCAACGAGGCACGCGCCAUCGAGGACGCCUUCUUCGGCCGGACCGUGCGUACUUCUUCUUCGACCACAGACCACGGCAAGCUACUGGUCGGUUCCGUCAAGACCGUGAUCGGCCACACGGAGGGCGCCGCCGGCUUGGCUGGUCUGCUGAAGGUGGUGGAGAGCAUGCGUCACAACUCGGUGCCGCCCAAUCUCCACUUCGUGAAGCUCAACCCCGAUGUCGAGAAGUAUUACGGCAACUUGUUUGUCCCGACUUCUCUCGUGCCUUGGCCCCACGUCCCGGCCGGCCAACCCAAGCGCGGGAGCGUUAACUCCUUCGGUUUCGGAGGGACGAACGCUCAUGCCAUCAUUGAGCAGUACGUUCCGGAGAUCCACAAUGCCGUCGCCAAGGCUUUCCGCCCAGGUCUCGAGGUGGUUCCUGAGCUUGACUGCCACGGGGGCUACCUGAGGGACGUGCGAGUUUGCCUGCCACUGACUCUUUCGGCUCCCUCUCCGAGAUCCUUGAUCAAUGUCGCCACGGCAUAUCGCGACCACCUCCUCCAGGGCUCGGUUUCGACUCCCGAGUAUAUCGCCUGGCAUUCGUACGCCCGGAGGACCGCUUUCCCGUUCCGCGUCGCUGUUUCAAGCCUUACGGUCUCCGGUCUCCUUGAUAAGCUCAACGCUCUCAUUGUCAAGGCGGAGAAGUCGCCGUCGGUCACAAUCGGCAAUCGUGCUCGACCCCCCGAUGAGCAGCCGAAAAUCCUGGGCGUCUUCACAGGCCAGGGCGCUCAAUGGGCUACAAUGUCGCGUGGCCUGCUGCUCUCCAGCGAGGUGUUCGCCAACACGAUCCGCACUCUGGACAGGAUCCUCCAGACCUGCGCCGACCCGCCUUCGUGGUCCUUGGAACAGGAGAUCUUGGCCGACGAGGGCCGGUCCAGGGUGCACAUGGCAUCGGUCUCCCAGCCUCUCUGCACCGCCGUCCAGCUCGGGUUGAUUGAGCUUUUGCGUCAUCUCGGCAUUACCUUCCACACCGUGGUCGGCCACUCCUCUGGGGAGAUCGCUGCGGCGUACGCGGCAGGCAAGAUCAGCCUUCGCGAGGCGAUUCUGAUCUCGCACUAUCGCGGCACGGACGUUCACAUGGCACGCGGAGCGACGGGCGCGAAAGGCGGCAUGCUUGCCGCCGGCCUGUCCAAGGAAGAGGCCGCUGCGCUCUGCGCGGAAAAGAAGUUCGCGCGUGGCCUGUGGGUUGCCGCCAGCAACGCGCCGUCUAGCGUCACCCUCUCUGGCGACCUCGACGUCGUGAAGGCGGCUUGCGAGCACCUGACCAAGCAGCAGACGUUUGCCCGUCAAUUGUUCGUGGACACUGCCUAUCACUCUCCGCACAUGGAGGCUCCUGCGGCUCGGUACCUCGAGAACCUCAAUGCCUGCGCCAUCACACCGACAGAGGGCAAUGGGACGAUCUGGGUCUCCAGCGUUUAUGGCUCCGGACAACCCUCACAGAAAGAGCUGAAGGCCAGCUACUGGAAGGACAACAUGGUCAAGCCGGUUCUCUUCUACGAGGCCGUCGGCACUGCCAUCGACACUCUCGGCCCGUUCGACUGCGCCAUCGAAGUUGGGCCGCACCCUGCGCUGAAGGGCCCAGUUACUGAGACCGUGAAAGAGAAGAGCGACUCGGCCAUCCCUUACUCCGGCUUGCUUCACCGCAAGACGGAUGAUCGCGAAGCCUUUGCCGACUUCCUAGGCUGGAUGUGGACGCAGUUUGGCUCCUCUUCUCAGCAGAUCCGCCAAUUUGUCCUGGGCUCCGUGCAGCCCCAACUUGCCAAGGUUCGGCUGGCCGAUGCGCCCUUGUAUCCGUGGGACCAUUCCCAGAAGUAUCAUCGCGAGUCGCGCAUUUCUCGUCAGUAUCACUUCAAGCCUGACGCUCCGCACGAGCUCCUCGGCGUUCGGACCCGCGACGACAAUAAGCACCAGCUCCGAUGGCGCAACAUUCUCAAGUUCGAAAGGCUUCCUUGGGUGAAGCAUCAUAGCUUCCAAGGCCAGGCACUGUUUCCAGCGUCAGCCUACCUUGUCAUGACCCUGGAUGCUGCCCGAGUCGCCCUGGCAGGCCGUCAGGCGUCGGUCGUCGAACUGCGCGAUUUGAGGUUUCACAGCGGAAUCAUCCUCGAGCCUAAUACUGCCGGCAUCGAGAUCUUGUUCACCCUGACCAUCGAGAGCGAGAGCCAUACGACGAUUGAGGCCUCCUUCAUCAUGACCUCCGCAAUUCCGGACGGCGGCACCGACAUGAAGAAAAACUUCACCGGAAACCUUACCAUCGCCAUCGGCGAGCCGUCCUCUGCGGCGUUGCCCCGGCGACCCAAGGAACGAGCGGAAGUGCUGCACGCAAGCCCUGAGGCCUUCUACCACAUGAUGGCCGGAACCGGUCUGGUGUACACGGGCCCCUUUAAGGGCUUGGAGACUCUAGAAAGGCGGUAUAAUUUUGCUUCCGGUACCCUUAAGAAGUUUCACGAGGAGGACACAACAAAGCUGGCCAUCAGCCCAGCUACUUUGGACAGCUGCCUGCAAACGGCAUUUGUCACCAUCUCCUCCCCUGGGGACAACGCGAUCUGGACGCCAUUCCUUCCUCUCGCGAUUGAGUCCGUUCGCUUUAAUUUGGCGAUUAGCGACAUCAAGGACCGCGACAGCGACUGGCUUGCUGUCGAUGCGUACUUGACCAAGGCGACGCCCAUCACGGCGGAAACUGCGGCGUCCUUUACCGCGGACAUCGAUAUCUUCAGUCCCAAAGGCGACAUGGAAAUACAGGUUCAGGGUCUUACGGUCGGGUCGUUCAGCCCAACAAAGCCAGAAGACGACUACGAGCUUUACCUGACGACGACAUUCGACGUUGACCCGGAGUAUGAGAUCAUCUCUGCAGAGGACUCCGACAUGCACGCUGCCGACCCGAUGCUGAUCGAGAGCUGUGUGCGAGUCGCAUCAUUCUACUCGAACCACGCGUCCACCAGCCCGCUCCCGCCUGCUACGUUGGCAGAGAUCCCGGGGCAAGUCGAGAUCAUGGAUCCGCAGACUUCGUGGCCGCACGAGACGGAAGAGACUCUCGACUCUUUCGUCCGGCACUCGCCCUACUUCCUGGCUCUGGACUUGAUCCGCGAGCUGGGCAAGGAUCUUCCGGACGUGCUCCCGGGCAUGCUGCCGGCAGUCAUCGAGGAGGCGCGCCAGCUUACCAGAUUCCAGCGUCACGUCUCCCGCGUCGUGGGCCAGAUUGCCCACAAGUAUCCGCGCAUGAACGUCUUGGGUCUGACGGACCCCGAGCUGGGUUUGACUGAGCACGUCCUCGCCGGCUUGCAGGAAUCUUUUUGUCUUUUCAGGGUUGGAUCCGAGCCCGAGAAGAACCUCGAGGCUCGUGUGCGCCUAAGCGAUUCCGUCCGGAGGAAGGUCAUGAUUGACAAGGUGGACCUGGAAGCGACCGAGCCGGAGAAUGGACCAUUUUACGACCUCGUUCUCUUCGCGACUUCGCUCAUCGAGACGGAAAAGACCGCGACUGUGCUAAAGACGGUCAAGCGCAUGAUGCGGCCAGGAGGUUUCCUCAUCCUGGUGGACGUGUCCAUCAGCCCGCUGAAGAAUCGGAUUCGUCGUGGUGUUGGAACUCUUCAGGACGAACCGGCCACUUCUUCUCCGCCUGACUGGCCCGAUCUCCUCGACCGGUGCGGUUUUGCGCGUUCCAUCAAGAAUGCGCACCAGUACUUCCCGCCUGGAUUCUCCCUGAUCGUCUGCCAAGCGGAGUCACCGGAAAAGGCGUUGCUGCUCCGUCCACUCGCCAACGCGGCCACAUCCAACCUCACGGAGCGCCUGCUGAUCGUUGGCGGAAGGCAGCGAUGGACGGCACGAAGGCAACGAUGGACGGCACAAAUCUCGCUGGAGGUCUGCUCGUCUCUCGCGGCGCAUUGCGGCGCCAUCGAAGUGGCAGAGACUCUCGAGUCGGUCGAACCUCGCUCCUUGUCGUCGUACUCCGCGAGCAUCCUCCUCAACGACCUGGACGAGCCGAUCUUAGCGACCAUGACCAAGGAGCGCAUGGAGGCUCUGCGCGCCCUCUUCAGGCCCCAGAUGACCAUCCUGUGGGUGACAUACCAGGCCCGCUUCGCCAACCCGCACCACGCGGCAUCACUCGGCUUCACUCGGACCCUGGUAGCCGAGACUCCCGGCCUGGUGUUGCAGGUUCUCGACCUGGACACCAUGGAUCCUGCACCCGCCGCAGAGACAAUUGCGGAGACCUUUGCCCGGCUCGCUCAGCAGGGCCUGGUGGGGACGGCGGGUUCCACGAAGCCGCUUUGGAUCAAAGAGUCCGAGGUGCACUGGGAGGGCGGGCGCCGCCUGGUGCCGCGCCUCAAGCCAUGGAAAGAAGGGAAUGACCGGAUCAACGCGGCUCGUCGCGUCAUCUCGAACACGGUCAACACCCUGGAGAGCGUCGUGCGCGUGGCCCAGGCCGAGGACGACUCGACCAAGCGCGAAGUCAGAGCGCUGCAUUCCCACGACGGCGCCUGGGUGAUUGACAUGCUCCCAGAGUCGAGCAAGCUCUCAGCCAUGUUGGUCCGGACUUUGCCAGCGAACUCGCAAUACACCUCGUACUCAUCUCUCGUCCGGACUCGUCACUUCGCCACCCCGACCGACGUCGCCGCGCCCGGGCGGCUGUGGGACGAGGCUGUCGCCCUUGCCAUCGCCAGGGCGCGGACAUGGACUUCCGAGAUUGAGCCUGCCAUGGUGACGGUCAACGAGCUCCUCCGCCCCAAUGCCCGGGUCCAGCCGUUCCAGGUCAUUGACUGGAAGGCUGAGCGAUCAGUCUCCCAGAUCGUCAAGCCGUUGGCCGGCACCCGGCUGCUGAGUCCGGGAAAAACAUACCAGGGCGCACGCCACAUCGUCCUUUGCAGCCGGAAUCCGCCGAAGACCCAACCGAAGUGGCAGACCGAGAUGCUGUCCAAGGGCAUCACGGUUCGCUUCGAAGCGCUCGACGUCACUUCUCUGGAGCGGGUGGUGGCCUUCAAGUCCAAGCUCGCACAGACCCUGCCUCCGGUGGGCGGCGUCGUCAACGGCGCCAUGGUCCUCGAAGACCGCGUCUUCUCCCAGAUGUCCCUGGAGACCCUGCACCGCGUCAUGAAGCCCAAGACGGUGGGCUCCGCGAAUCUCGACGCUGUCUUCGACAGCCCGGACAUGGACUUCUUCAUCAUGACGUCGUCAUUCGCCGCCAUCGGCGGCCACGCCGGGCAGUCCAACUACGCCGCCGCCAACAUGUACAUGAACGGCCUGGCCGCGUCUCGUCGCCGCCGCGGGCUCCCCGGCUCGGUGGUCAACAUCGGGGUCAUCUACGGUCUCGGGUUCCUGCACCGCGAGAAGGACGACCUCUACGAGGGCCUCGAGCGCGAGGGCUACCCGCCCAUCUCCGAGCGCGACAUCCACCACAUGUUCGUCGAGGCGAUCGUGGCCGGCAAGCCGGUUCCGGGCCAGAUCUACGACAUCACGACCGGCAUGCGGCGGUUCCAUGCCCACGCGCCGACGCUGAACUGGCACACCGACCCUCGCUUCUCGCACCUCACUCGCCGCGACGAGGGGCUGGAGGUCGACGCCGCCCGGGACGGCUCGCAGCAGCAGCAGAGCCUGAAGGAGCAGAUGGACGCGGCACAGACCAGCGCGGAACUCGUCGAUGUGCUGGUCCAGGUUUUCAUCGCGCGACUGCAGAGCCAGCUCCAGCUGGCGGAGGGCAGCGUGACGGGCGACCACAGCAUUGCGGAGCUCGGCGUCGACUCGCUUGCCGCCGUGGACAUCCGGGCGUGGAUCUGGAAGGCGCUCGGCCUGGAUGUGGCGGUCAUGAAGAUCCUGAGCGGGCUGACCAUUGCCAAGCUGUGCCAGGAGAUCGCGGGCCCGAUCAUGGAGUCGCGCGCCGGAGGUCGACCCCGGUCGUGA